GAUUCGUCAUCCUUACCUAGUACCCGUUUCCUAACAACUGCGUUACUUACUCGAUGGUCCCAGGAUAUACGAGCAAUGUUUCGGAGACACCUAUGAUCGAAUACUAGUAACCGACGAAUAUCCUCUACUCUUACCGGCCAUGUUUCACUGCCAUAAAGAAGGACGGAACGAACUGCUGCACAGUAAACACGUCCUUUGGUUGAUAGACGGACAUCUCGCCUACGCCAUAAAUAACGCAAGUUAGCAAAAGCUAGUCGAGCCUUCUGCAUCCGUGCUGAGAUUUCGUCACACACCACACCACAAGGGCUGAUGAGACUUUCAAAAUAAGUGAAGCGAUCGACACGCUCAAUUACUUUACUCCCUAUCAUUAGUUCGGGUGUCGAUGCAACCCAAUCCUGAAGCAACAUUUUGCAUUUCGAGGGGAGAAUCGCAUCUCGAGCAUGCUUGCAUUGUUGCUUAGAGUGGUCAGAAGACUCUGCAUAUUCUAAGUCAACAAGUGAACCUCCCGGUAAAAGUUCAACCCUUGGAAAUUUAGAUGAGGCAAGUGUUAUCUCUUAAAGUCCGUCAAUGACAAAGUUGAACAAUAAUGGAGAGAGUGGACAGCCCUGACGAACACCACUUGAGGUAAUCAAUUCUGAUGACAGUUCGCCAUAAGCUCUCACUCGGCCAGUUGUGUUCGAGUAGAGAGCCUGUAUAAAGUUAAUGUACUUCUUUGGUACUCCUUUCAGUGACAAACACUGCCAUAGAACCUUACGAUCAACAGAGUCAAAUGCCGCCUUAAGGUCUAGAAAUACUACGAUUGUGGGGCGUCUGAACGAGUGUCUGUGUUCUAGAACCUGACGUAGUGUGAAUAUCUGAUCUAUACAACCACGUCCAGGUCGAAAACCGGUUUGGUUUUCUCUAAUCUGCUCUUCACGAGCUUUGAAUAGGCGUCGAAGUAUUAUUGAAGCUAAUAUUUUAGACACUAUAUUAGUCAAACUGAUUUCUCUGUGAUUGUUACAAGAGGACUUUUGUCCUUUCUUAUAGACUGGCACAAUCAGUGAUUGAGACCAGUCAGAUGGGAUUACGUCCAGUUCCCAAAUUCUACCUAAGACCUCAGUUAAUCUCACUGCUAAUACUGAACCACCAUCCUUUAAAAUCUCAGGAGUAAACCUGUCAGGGCCUGCUGCUCUCCCUCGUUUCAGAUUUCCUAUGGCUUUUUCAACUUCGUAAAGAGACGGAGGACCUACAUUAACUUGCCAUUCAGGUUGAAUAGAGAUCGUGGGAAACUGAAGUGUGGCUGAAGGCCAGUUGAACUGAUUCCUGAAGUGUUCUGCCCAUCGAUCCAAUCUCCUGGAUUGAGAAUGAAUAAUAUGUCCAUCUUUCUCUGAGAUUGUUUCGCUAACGGUCGGUUUCCUCAUACUGGUUUCCUUAACAAGUCUGAACAAUUGUCUACUAUUACCUAUUGCCGCUGCCUUUUCCAUCUCUCUUGCUUUCGCUACCCACCACUGUCCACGAUCAUUGCGUAGGCUUCUUUUCGGCUUGUGCUUAAGCUGACUCCGCUCUUUAUUAUGUUCAGAGUCAGAUGGAAUGAGUUUCCGAGCAUCUAUCAGUGCGGUAGAUGCUGCUGAGAUCCAGUGUUGCUCCCUAACCUUACGGUUUACCGUACUAGCAGAUAUCAUUGCUGUUUCCACAGCUUUUCGGAUAUCAAUCCAUGCUGCCUCGGGGUGGACAUCACUUACAUGGCUGCCUAACUGUUUUCCUAGUUGUUCCUGAAAUAUACUCUUAGCUUGACUAUCAUUCAGUAGGCCCCUAAGAGGUUUCCUUGCAGUGUCUUUCCUACGUCCAGUAAGACGCAGACAGAUACGCACUCGUACUAGAGCAUGAUCUGAAUCUAAGCAUGUGCUCCAGAAUGAGCGACAGUCUUCUAUCGAGCCCCUCCAUCGGUGGCUGAUAGCGAUGUGAUCUAUUUGGGUCCAACGUUGGGACGAAUUAGGGGGUCUCCAUGUUCAAAGAUGUUUUUCCUUAUGCUUAAAGUUAGUAUUUGCAAGGAACAGAUACACGAAGUGUGAAUCGAGUCGGUUCCUUAUUUUGGCAUGGUGAGGUGAAAUGAAUGACGCUAUUCAGAUCCUGUAUGCGCGUUUCGGAGACGCAGCACACAUCGAUGGCGCAGGAUUCUAAAGUCCUAGCUAAGGAAGCCUGCUGUCCUAUUUGGCACAGUGUUCGGACGUUAAAAUCUCCUAUGUGUAGUUUAGAGCGUGGUUUCAGGAGACCAGGAAUGGCGUUCCACGUACUCGAAUCGUUUGCCCUAGCGGUGCGAGGUGAUAAAGAGACGUGAGGAGGGUUAGUCAUGGAGAUAAGAGAGGUAUUAGGAGGUGUAGGAAGGAUUUGAAUGUGACCACCUUGGUCUCGUGUGCUGUUACGGGUAUGAGGGCUGAUGUCACUUCCCGGCUGCCCACACCGUGGAGGAACCUGAAAAGCAAUUCGGAUUAAUGUCGGCCUUAACGACCUGGGAGCGUGACCGCAGAGCCCAAGGGACAACUGUUUGAGGCCGAUCGCGCACGGCCUUUUCGUGAAAGGUUUUUAAUCUGUUAGCUCCGUUCUUCAAAGGGCCUUACCGCUGGAGACGGAAAUCCGUGAGGUAAGGUGAGGUGUGACGUUUUUAGGGUCGACCUUUUCUAACCCCACCCCUCCUUGUGGGAAGGCAGCAUCGCUGUCAUGCUGGUUGUCCGAGGGAAACACCUUACUGCUGUCACACCUCUGUACAGUCAGCAGUACGACUUCGCCCUCAGACCGUGAGUUACUGCUUUUAGUCUUACCGUUCUCCAAUCGACCUGCCUGGCAUGGUAGAACCUACAGGAACAUAUGUUCCAGCCAAUAUAGCCCGGUUGGGUCAUCACGAUAGGCAAGCCCGACCACCGCGUCAAGGUAGCAGCUUCGGUCGGGAAAAGAAAAAAAAACAGUACGAUAUACCCUUUGUGUAUCUUGAGACUUUAACUGUUACUUCCUGUGGCCUUGUUAGUGUCAGUAUAGCACUAAGUUCAAAGCAGAAUUGGGCCUCGUAGACUGGAUCGUAAUAGAUAAUCGGUUUUGAACUGUCCGACUAAACGAGACAAUAGGAAAUCGAAAAGAUAGGGACACACGCCGUAGGAUUUUUCUUGUCUGCACCCCCGCUUAUAGCAACUCAAAUGAAGUUAAAGAUAAACUUUAUGGGAAGCUAUCCAACCUCCUUCAAAAAUCUAAACACUGAUGUAUUAAUAGUGGCAGCUGAUUUCAAUGCGCAAGUACGUAAGCUAAACCAAAUAUAAAGGCACGUAGACGGAUCUUACUAUGUCGCGACUCAACCAACAGAUAAUGACGUCUGUCAUCUGCAAAUAUGUUUACAUAAUCAUCCAUUUCUAGACAGCACCAACUCCAAACACAAGUAAAAAACAUCGUUUGGGAUGGAGGCCCCCACAAUCGACUUAACGAUUAGCUCAGACAGAUCAUGUUGCCACUAGCCGUCGUUGAACGGCUCGAUAGAAGACUAUCGCUCAUUUUGGAGCAUAUUUUUAGACUCGGAUUAUGUCCUAGUUCGAGCACGUAUUUUCCUGCAGUACAGCCACGGCAAAAAAGCCUUUAUAGUUCAACGUAAUGUUGAAAAAGCUUAGAUGUGUUUCAGAAAUAAAUACAAAACAACUUAGUCAACCACGAAAGGGAUAUCCACCUUGAGGUAACUUGGCAUGAUAUCCAAAAAGCUGUGAAGACAACAGUGAUUUUUACUGAUAACUUAAACCAAGACGUUAAGAGGAAUCAAUGGAUUUCAAUGGCGUCUACUUAACUGAUAGGUGCUAGGAAAUUCAUCCCGUUUGGCUCCGAACACGAUGAUGAUCGGAGGCAACUUAAAUGUAGGUUGAUAAAAAGCCUACGUAAUAAUAAUGUGUAGUGGUGGGUAGCGAAAGCAAAAGAGAUGGAAAAGGCAGCUGAGAUAGGUAACAUUAGUCAACUGCUCAGACAUAUUAAGCAAACGGGUAUUAAACUUACGACUGUUAGUGAGACUCUCUCAGUAAAAGAUGAGACUAUUAUUCACUGAAAUCCUGGAGAUUUGACUGAUAGGCAGAAUACUUUAGGGAACAGUUCAACUGGUCUUCAGCCACACUCGAAGAGACCUGAAUAGCAAAUAGAUGUAAGCUUUCCAACUCGGUGGGUUGCAAAUGCUAUAGAAAUCUAAGGUGAAGGAGGGUAGCAAUUUGUAAUAGAUUGACUCUUGAGGAUUUUAAAGACGGUAGUCCAGUUUUAGAAGCUAGAUUGACUGAGAUUUUAGCUGGAAUCUGGGAAACGAACGUGAUCCCAUCUGCUUGGUGUCGAUUGCUAAUCGUUCCAAUCUACAAGAAGUAAAAAAAUCUUCGUGUGACAACCACAAAGAAAUCGGUUUAACUAAUAUGUGCAAAAUAUUUGCCUAUCCACGUACCUACUUAGCUCAACCCAGCAGUUAGUGUCCUCGUGGGCUGAUGUUACGCUCUAGUUUGACCGCUCCUAUCUUACUUUCAUUGUGCUCCUACGUCGGACAUCACCUGUCGAGAUAGAACUCUCUCGGUUGUCUCAAAAUACAUGAGUAAUGCUUUGAAGCACGUAGUACCCUAUGAAUAUCCUCUAUUCUUAAUGGUCAUGUUCCACACAUAAACUAGAACGGAGCGGACUACUGCCAAAUAAACUCAUCUUUUGUUUGGCAGACGAAUAUCUCGCCUACACCACAUGUGACGCAAGUUGGCUAAAGCCAACCGAGCUGUCUGAAUCCGUGUCGAGUUUUCGUCAAACACCAGGUCACCAAGACUGAUGAGAACCCUAAGAUAAGUGAAGUAGUCAAUAUAUUUGACAUUUUCACUCCGCAUCAUUAGUUCAGGCGUUGAUUUAGACCCAGUCCUGAAGCAACAUUUUGCAUCUGGUAGGAGAGAAUCUUAUCCCAAACAUUCUGGGAUUGUUGCUUAAGGGGGUCAAAAGACUCAUUUUGUCAGCGUCUUCACCAAAAAGGGCUGUGUCAUCUAAGUAUUUUCAGUUACCAAGUAAAUCUCCAGGUAUAAGAUCAACCGUUGAAACCAGGCGAUGGAAGUGUUAUCUCUAAAAGCACGUCUAUGUCAAAGUUAUUUGAAGAUGGGGAAAUCGGACAACCUUGAUGAACCCCACUUGAAGUAACCGAUUCCGAUGACAGUUUGCUAUUAGCUCUAACUUGACCAGUAGUACUUGGUUAAUGAACCUGUACAAGGUUAAUGUACUUCUUUGAUAUGCCUUUUAAUCAUAGACUGAUUCAGAACUUGUUGAACACCACCCUAAGGUCAUGGAAUACAAUUAUUGUUGAGCGCCGGAAAGUAUGCCUUUGUUGUAAAACCUGACGAGUGAAUAAUUUGUUUUACACAUCCACGUCUAGGUUUGAAACCAGCCUAUUUUUCUCAAGUUUGCUCCUUACAAGCCCUAGUUAAGCGUUCAGUUUUCGUAGAGGCUAGUAUUUUAGACAUAUUUUACUCAAACGAACUUAAAUGUCCUACUAAAACUGAAAGUUACAGACAAGUUCUUAAGACUGGAAUGUGUGAUACAAUCCAUAUAGCUUUCAGAUUUCGCGUUACUUACUAGGAUUUUUAAUUACUUGUUCCUCAUAGUAGUCAACCUUAUAAACAAUUUUGAUAAAUUUCAACUCAUCUGGCACACGUAUCAGUUUCUACUUUGCGUAAGUUUGAUCAAUUCUUUGUAUUUUGAGGUGAUAUUUAUCCAGGUUGUACUAUCCGAACACUAUCCUGUAGACUUGAUAAAGCCAAUAAACACAUCUUAAAAACGUAUGUAUUGCAAUGCUUAUUGGUUUGAAGCAAUUUAAUAAAUUCUACUCAUGUAUUCCUUAAUCUCAUUUUUUCGUACAGCCUGAACAAGAGCAAAAGAGACAGGAAGAGAUGAAUGUGAAAACAAAACUUGGAGAACCUGUGAUUGUUUGUAAUUAUUGUAAAGGUGGACAUUUCACUCGUACUUGCCCGUACAAAAGUGAUAUGGAAGCAAUGCAGUUGUUACAAGAACAACUUCGUGCUAAAACGGAACCUACAGAAGAAACAGCUAAAGAAUUACAAAAUGAUCGUUCUGGACGUUAUAUACCACCAUCAUUACGUGGUGAUGCAGCCAAUACUAGUGGGUCCAGUAUGUCAACUGACAAACGUCCAUUCGAUGAAAACACUGUACGUGUCACUAAUUUACCACCGGAUACAACUGCAGAUGAAUUGAAAUCAGUGUUCAGUGCAUUUGGUCACGUAGUGCGCAUCUAUCCAGCAAAAGAUAAAUUGACACAACAAAACAGGGGAUUUGCCUUUAUAUCCUUCAGAACUGCGGAAGAGGCGAAAAGUGCAAUUUAUGGUGUCAAUGGUCUUAGACAUAACCAUGUUGUUUUAAAAGUCGAUUGGGCAAAACCUUCAAAUAAUUAAAGCUUUCGAAUAAGCAUCGAUAUCUCACUCCUGUUUCACCUACAUCAAUUGUUAAGAAAAAAAUAUAUAUUUACGGACCUAACUGAUAAUAAACGAGGUGCAUUGAAUGAAUUCUUAAUUUUCAAUAUUUUGUUCGUUUUGAUCUAUGAAAAUUAAUCAACCAAACAUCUUAUAUAUGUACCGAUCAAUCUAAUCUGCAUAUUGUUGUUUGUAGUAUCCCCUCUUAUCGUACUUUUUAUUCGAUAGGGAUUUCAAUAUUAGCUGCAAUUUCAACGUUCCUUAUAGUUGAAUGAUUAUGAUAGUUCACUCUUACAAAUAAAAGAUUUGAUUUGUAUCAACGAGCAUAUAUUUUCUUAGGGUUGAAAAAUUGAUCAAUUUCUACUGAAAGCAUCCGUUUUGUGCCGUGUUUCAUAACCUAAAUCAGUCAAUGUCUGUGUUCAAUAUUAUUUAACAAUAAUCCAAAAAAUCUUCACUUUUCCGGAAUAAAGCGAUAUCAGCUCGUGAAAUCGUGUACAUAACGUUAACCUAGAAAGACACGACCGAUUCACCAAUUGCUAUAAAAUUGAAUUCCGGCAUAUAUUACUCAUUGUUUAAUGUUUUAGUUUGCAUAUUAGUAUCAAUAUAAAACCAUGAUUGGAAAUAUAUCUAACACGACAAUUUUCAGGGUUAGUGGUUUAAUGGGAAUUAAGUCGUCGAAAUAAUAAACUGAGUGUCCAGAACAGAUCGCCAUGGAUUUGGCAGCUCGUAACGGUUAUGCUGUUCUUAGUUUACGGUCUUUCUCGAAGGACAUUAAGUGCAACACUGACUUUAUUUACUGGAUCUGCCGGGUGAUUAAGAGGUAUCAAGUUUACUAAUAUAGCGUACAUUAUCCCCUCGCAGUUACUCGAAAUUUCUGUUCAAAAAGUGAAUGCCAAGUACAACAUUAACCUUUAAACCUCAGAAGCGUCUGGAAUGUACAAUGCAUUGUUUAAAAAUGACAAGAUCUAUCAAUACUAGGUAUAAAUUUUGAGUUAGUGUAAUGAUGAGUAACAACUGUCAGCCAAUUACCAAAGUCGAAAUCUUUAAUACGAACGUCAACUGUACAGAGUUAAAACUUGGAGAACUACUACAACCAUCAUCAAAAAGGUACUAUUAUUUAUUAUUAUAUAUUAUUUGGACACAUAAAAAUUGGUACAAUAAUGCGCCACACAAAACAAUUACAAUUUAAAGAGAAGGGAAAAGAAAAAAGGUAAGGAGUGUAAACAAAAAAGAGAACAAUAAUGAAGAGAUUGGUGUAAGGUAGUGUAGUAAUAAUAAUAGUAAUAAUGAGGAAACGGAUAGGUACAAUCAGAAGAAAUCUUUCAGGUAAGGGAGACACAACCACUUUUUAUGAAGAAAGUAAAAGAAGGUUACAGCAGGAUCGCCACUGGCUUCUAUUCUGAGCCAUAUCUGAUAACGUCUCUAGCCACUGUGUAGCACCAUCUCUCAGACCCCAACCAGGGAGUCGUGAAGGACCAACAGAAGCCAGUCCUUUACAGCUUUCUUUCAUGCCACGACACCAUGUCAUGCACUGACCACCUCUCCACUUCUUCCAACCAGUCCCAGAGUCGGCAAAUAAUGCACGACGUGAAAUUCUCUGGGACGACAUCCGCAGAACAUGUCCAAGCCACCGAAGUCGGUGUUUCAAGAUCGUGACACCAAUCGAAUUAUCAUCUCAAUGCCCGAACACACGAUGCCGAACCUCUGCAUUACUGACAUGGUGUUGCCACUGAAUGUCAGCAAUCAUUCCGAGACAAAGAUGAUCGAACACAGAGAGUCGUCUAACGUCCUCAACUCGGAGAGACCAGGUUUCACAAGCAUAGAGCAAAACUGCUCUCACCGACGCGUUGUAGAUCCGACCUUUUACAGCCAGACUAACAUCACGCAGGCGCCAAAAAUGGACCAGAUUGGCAUAAGCCGCUCUGGCUUUCACUAUACGUGCAUUGAUCACACCACUCACACCACCACCAACAGCUGUGCAGCUACCCAGAUACACGAACUUCUCGACUACUUCUAUUUGCUCACCACCCAAAGUGAGUACAGCAUCAGAAUCCUGCCAGUCUUGUAGAAGUACUUUGCACUUCGAAGGUGCAAAGCACAUACUGUACAUAAAGACAUUGAUUGCCGACUGAUUAAGUGCGGAUUGCAUGCUCGGGCAUUAUCGCACAGUAAGACAAUAUCGUCCGCAUACUCAAGGUCGAGAAGUCUUUCUCCAGGCAACAGAUCCACACCACCAUUACUUACAUUCAUCAGAGCUGUCUCCAGAAUGUCGUCGAUGGCAAAGUUGAAGAGGAAUGGUGAGGUUGGGCAACCCUAUCUAACCCCACUGCUCGAAUGGAACAAUGGAGAGAGGUGGUUGUAUGCCCUCACUCUGCCUGGGGUGUUUGUAUAUAGGGCUUUCAGGAUGUUAAUAAACUUCUCAGACACACCCUUCUUCAAUAGACAAUCCCAGAGAACAGUCCUCUCCAACGAAUCGAAGGCAGCCCUGAUGUCAAGAAACACCACGAUUGUUGGCCUUUGAUAAGUAUGGCGGUGUUCUAACAUUUGGCGGAGGGUGAAGAUAUGAUCAAUACAUCCUCGACCAGAACGAAACCCAGCCUGCUCCUCGCCAGUCAAUCUUUCUCGGGUUUUGAACAACCUACGAAGUAUGAUGGAAGCCAAUAGCUUGGACGCAAUCGGAAGUAGACUUAUCCCCCGAUAGUUGUUACAGGAAGGACGUGAACCCUUUUUAAACGUAGGGACAACUAUCGACUCAUUCCAUGACGUUGGUACACUCUCUAACACCCAAACCUUUUUAAACAACGUCGUCAAUUCCUUAGUCAAAAAGUCACUACCAUCUUUAAAAAGAGCUGGAGGUAAGUCAUCUGGGCCAGGUGAUUUGUAACGCUUCAAGAGUUGGAGUUCCUUGCGGACUUCCUCCUCGUUUGGUAGAUCAGUCGUCACCGGCCAUGGAGGGCAGGACAGUCUGACCGAUGUUGCCGGAGCAGCAGGCCAGUUGAACUGCCCUUCGAAAAAUUCUGCCCAUCGUCCAAGACGUCGAUGGAUGUUAGUGAUUGGCAUCCCAUCAUCCUCGCAGAUUGUUUCGCUCACACCAGACUUUUGCUGCCAGUGGCUCGGAUGAGCUGGAAGAGUUUCCGGUAGUUACCAGAUACAGCUGCUGCUUCCAGCUCAUUAGCACGCAUCGACCACCAGGCUUCUCGGUCCUUACGCAAGCUUUGCCCAAUUUCCUUACGUAACAUCCUUCGUUUAUGGUCAAACUGACGGUCACCCG